CCAGUGUUCUUCUACUCAAGUGGACACACUACGUCAGGUCACCGAAAACCCCGUCAUUCACCCCCCAACAACCUUCGACCCCGCCCAUUUUCCGCAAUCCUUGUGUCAUCCAAGGAUCUAUCCAAGCUGGCAGGAAACAAGCGCCGCAGCUUUUCUUCGCAGGGUGGGUUGCUGAACAGAAUGUUCAGUGGCGCCUCGAGCCCACCCAAAGACAAGAUAGAACCAACCCCGAUCCCGGGGUCCUACAACGACGCAAGCCUCCAGCCGGAAAACGCCAGUCCCCGUGACAAGAGGUUCUCGCCGCCUGGAACCGGAUUCUUUACCCGCCGACAGAGCGACGACCAGGCUCCGGCAGCUGACAAAGAUAAGCGUCGUCGCAGUAGCACUGUCAAUAAGGCUGCCAGCUUUUUCAGCAACGCCCGAAACUCUUUGAGUCUCAACGGGGGCAGCUCCAACGUGAAGGAGUACUCGGGAAUCAGUAGCAGCCCGCAAAGUUCAGACAGCCCGCUACAGAGACUGGGGAAGAUGGAUCCAGCCCUGAGUGUCCCACAAGGGUCGUUCAAUAACUCCGCGGGUGAAUCAGGCCCUACCGCAAAAUCAUCAUUCCGAGUCGGCGUUACAGAAGACCGGAAUAGAAAAUGUCGUCGUACUAUGGAAGAUACGCAUGCAUACCUGUACAACUUCCUGGGGACCCCAGCCCCGAACGCGUCGCCCGACUUAAAUGGUACCUCCCCGCCCAAUGACUCUCGCUCUGGAGAGCUGUCAAACGUGGUAGAAACAGACAAUGGCUACUUUGCUAUAUUCGACGGGCAUGCCGGUACCUUUGCGGCGGAGUGGUGCGGUAAGAAACUGCAUUUGAUCCUUGAGGAGAUCAUGCGGAAAAGUCCUAAUGCACCUGUGCCUGAGCUUCUCGAUCAAACCUUUACGAGUGUUGAUCAACAACUGGAGAAGUUGCCAGUCAAGAACAGUGGAUGUACUGCUGUGACUGCUGUGCUCCGCUGGGAGGACCGCGUGCCGAGCUCACAUUCGGCCACCGGCUCCGCCGCUCUUGCCCCGGCCGCUAUGGCGGCAGCGAAUAAGAACGACAAUUCAGACACUGUCGAAACUCCGACCCAAGACACGCCGAUGGGAGGAUCUGGUGCUCUUCCCAAGUUACAAGAAAAUGCUGUUCGCCAGCGGGUCUUGUACACGGCCAACGUGGGCGAUGCACGAAUUGUAUUGUGUCGCAACGGGAAAGCGCUUCGUUUGUCGUACGACCACAAGGGAAGCGAUGAGAAUGAAGGCAAGCGCAUCGCCAAUGCCGGUGGAUUGAUCCUCAACAACCGUGUCAAUGGAGUGCUGGCGGUCACUCGAGCUCUGGGUGAUGCUUAUCUCAAAGACCUGGUGACAGGGCAUCCGUACACCACCGAGACUGUCAUCCAGCCCGAUGCGGAUGAAUUCAUCAUCCUUGCCUGCGAUGGGCUGUGGGAUGUCUGCACCGACCAAGAGGCGGUCGAUCUGAUCAGAAACAUACAAGACGCACAGCGUGCCUCGAAGAUCCUGGUCGAACACGCACUCGCACGCUUUAGUACCGACAACUUGUCUUGCAUGGUGAUUCGACUCGACUCCAACCGCGUUAAGGAUAUAGUGAACAAGAAGUCCGAGCAUAUCGGCGUGGACGGCGACUCAACCUCACGCGGCAUGAGUGAAGCCGAUAAGAUUGUGGAGGAUGCGCAGAAAAACAUUGCCAGCCAAGAUCUCAACAGUCUGGAGCCUCCUACAGAGCAGAUCGGUCUAGACAUUGUCCAGAAGGCCAGCCAAGAUCAAAAACCCGGGUUUGGGAUUUCCGGUAGCUUGCCUGAGUAG